UUUUUGUAUUUUCCAGAUGUAUCAAAUUUUCAAGCGUUUUUUAACUAUGUGGAGAUGAGACAGCUGCUGGAGAAUUUUUGCGUCUACCACGUUAACGCACCUGGCCAGGAGGAAGGAGCGUCACCUCUGCCUGAUGGAUAUGAAUAUCCGACAAUGGAUGAGCUCGGUGCGCAGGUAAACUACGUUCUUUGCCACUUUGGACUCAAGAGUGUGAUAGGCCUGGGGGUCGGAGCAGGUGGCAACAUCCUCGCCAGAUUUGCCCUGGCCCACCCGGAAAGGGUCGAAGCGCUCUGCCUAAUCAACGUCGUCUCGACCCAGGCUGGCUGGAUAGAAUGGGGCUACCAAAAGCUCAACGCACGCUACCUUAAGUCGAAAGGGAUGACCCAAGGCGUCCUGGAUUAUCUCAUGUGGCAUCAUUUUGGAAGGAAACGCAAGAUCGUAAUUUUGCGCCGACAGGGGACGGAAGAGAGGAACCAUGACCUGGUCCAGGUCUACAGGAGCUAUUUCGAGCGGUGCGUCCAACCGGGCAACUUGGCCCAGUUCAUCGACAGCUACAUCAGACGGACCGACCUCAAUAUGACCAGGAACCUGGACCCGAACAGCAAAGAGUGUCUCACUCUUUCCAUGCCCGUCAUGAACAUAACUGGAGCCCUGAGCCCUCACGUCGACGACACCGUUACACUCAAUGCCCGGCUCGAUCCGACCAACUCUUCCUGGAUGAAGAUUUCCGAUUGCGGGAUGGUUCUGGAGGAACAGCCUAACAAGAUAAGCGAGGCGCUUCGCCUGUUCUUACAGGGACUUGGAUAUGCUGUAAGAGUGGGUCGUAAAAGGAUCACUACAUCGACUUCAGUGGAAGGUUUCACUAUGAAAGGGUCUGGGUCUAACGACAGCGUCCGCAGUGCGCCUGGCCUUCAAAGCGGGUCAUGGCAGAUUAACAUAACAGAAAAUCCCAUUUCAGAAGCCAUAGUCUGCUGAAGAACCCAUUCUCACUACACUAGCGAU